CACGCACCAGGUGGGGGGGGGAUCCGAAUUCUGGGGCCGUUCCCGUCAGACCCAUGCGCGUUGCUCCCCACAGGCGUGAAGAAGAAGACAAAGGUCAUCAAGAACAACGUGAACCCAGUAUGGAACGAGGGCUUCGAGUGGGACCUGAAGGGCACGGCGCUGGACCCUGGGUCCGAGCUCAGCGUCGUCGUGAAGGACCACGAGACCAUGGGGAGAAACCGGUUUUUGGGAGAAGCCCGCGUGCCCCUGCGAGAUGUCCUGUCCUCCCCCAGCCUGGCGGCCUCCUACAACGUCCCCUUGCUGGACGCCAAGAAGCAGACCACCGGGGCUUUCCUCAUCAUGCAGGUGUCCUACACCCCCCCUCCGGGCGCUGCUCCCCUCUUCCCUCCUCCGUCCCCCCCUGAGCCGUCGCCGGGGGCUGCUGAGCCCGACACGGUCACCGAGGCGCCCACCGAGGAGGAGGAGGCUGAGGACCGGGCGGCGACGGGGGACGAGACGGAGCCUGCGUCCUCGGGGCCACCGGGGUCCGAGCCGCCCUCGCUGCCCCGCAAGCCCCCGGUGCACCACGUCCACGGGGUGAGGCGCAGGAGGAGCUCGCCCAAAAAGCCCCUGUCCAACAAGCCGCAGGACUUCCAGAUCCGGGUGCGGGUGAUCGAGGGCCGGCAGCUGCCCGGGGUUAACAUCAAGCCCGUGGUGAAGGUGACGGCCGCGGGGCAGACCAGGAGGACCAGGAUACGCAAAGGCAACAGCCCCUUCUUCGACGAGACCUUCUUCUUCAACGUCUUCGAGUCGCCGGCCGAGCUGUUCGACGCGCCCAUCUUCAUCACGGUGGUGGACUCUCGGUCCUUCCGGACGGACUCGGUGAUCGGGGAGUUUCGGAUGGAUGUCGAGACCAUUUAUUCGGAGCCAAGUGAGUUCAGCAGCUGGGGUCGCUUGCUGCGGCCGGGGGCAGUUGCUCUGGGUGACAAUUUUUGGGGGUCAAACACAGGGGAAAACGCACGCAGCCAUCCCGGUUACCCCUGGAUGCGGUACCAGGGGGGCGGAGGGGGACACGAAGGAAGGACAAAGUGAUGCUUAUAAAAAACG